GGCGGGCGGGGAGCGAACUACCGGCGGCCGGAGGAAGCGGGGGCGGCGGAGCCGGGGCCGGGAGCGGGGCAGCGUCCCGGGAUCGGGAUGCGGGGGCGGCCCGGGACGCCGCCUCGUUGCCCGGAGCGACACCAUGCACCCGGCCGUGGCGGUGGGGCUGGUGUUCGGCGGCUGCUGCAGCAACGUGGUGUUCCUGGAGCUGCUGGCCAGGCAGUUCCCGGGAUGUGGGAACAUCGUGACCUUCUCCCAGUUCCUGUUCAUCGCGGUGGAAGGUUUUAUCUUCGAGGCCAACUUCGGGAGGAAGCGCCCGGCCAUCCCCAUCAGGAACUAUUUCAUCAUGGUGGCCAUGUUCUUCACCGUCAGCGUGGUCAAUAACUACGCCCUGAACCUGAACAUCGCGAUGCCGCUGCACAUGAUCUUCCGCUCGGGUUCUCUCAUAGCAAGCAUGGCUCUAGGGAUCAUCAUCCUGAAGAAAAGGUACAGCGUGUCAAAAUACACCUCCAUAGCUCUGGUGUCCCUGGGCAUCUUCACCUGCACUUUGAUGUCUGCAAAGCAAGUGGCAUCUGACUCCAGCUUAAACCAAGAGGAUGGACCCCAGGCUUUCCUCUGGUGGAUGCUGGGUAUUGCUGCCCUCACCUUCGCCCUGCUGAUGUCUGCCAGGAUGGGGAUUUUCCAGGAGACGCUCUACCAGAAAUUUGGGAAGCACUCCAAGGAGGCCCUGUUCUACAAUCACGCGUUGCCACUCCCUGGAUUCCUGCUCCUGGCUCCCAACAUUUACCAGCACGCCGUGCUCUUCAACCAGUCUGAGCUGUUCCAGGUGCCGGUGAUCGGCCUGACCCUGCCAAUCAUGUGGUUCUACCUCCUCAUGAACGUCAUCACCCAGUACGUCUGCAUCCGCGGUGUCUUCAUCCUGACCACCGAGUGCACGUCCCUCACCGUCACCCUGGUGGUGACGCUCCGCAAGUUCGUCAGCCUCAUCUUCUCCAUCCUCUACUUCCAGAACCCCUUCACAGGGUGGCACUGGCUGGGCACCGCCUUCGUCUUCGUGGGCACCCUGAUGUACACCGAGGUGUGGAACAGCCUCGGGCCCCUCCUGGCCCGCUGCCGGAGGAGGCCCAAGGAGGAGUGAAUCCAGGGAUUUUCCGCAGGGACCUUUUUGUUGUUUUCCAGAGCAGGGCAGCAGGGAGCCCCCUCCCCUCCCCCAGGGGGUGUUUUUAUAGCAGGUGUUGGCUGUGCCAAGCUCCUGGGAAAAUGGGGAGCCUCCGCUGGGAACUUGGGGAACGGAUCAUGGAGAAACAAUCCGGUUAUUUUUUGCCAGUCGGUAUUUUUUAUGCCACCCCUCUUGCUUCCAGUUUUUCCUCCUGUUUGGUUUUUCCUUUUCAUUUUUUUUUUUUUUUUUUUCCAUUGGAAUAACCCUUUUUAAGGAAAAGCUGACUCAGAGCUUUGCUGGGAGCCCAACUUCUCAUGCUGCUGGCUUGGAUCAGCUGGACCCUGAGCCGGUUUGGUGCCGUCCUUUAAUUGUCCCAGCAUUUGGAGCUGAUGGCUGAGCCCCAUUCCUGUGGGAAUCCCUGAUCCCUGUGCUGGGAGGAUGUGGGAUACAGCCUGGAGCUUCCAGUCUGGAUCCUGAGAGGGCUGGGUUUACACUCCCAGUUCUCCUCCCAUCCCUUGGGAUCAGCUUCCUCGUGGCUUUUGUGUCAGCCUGGCACAGGCGGGGAAACGCCAGAGCCGUAACUGAACGUCCACGGGUGUUUUAUCCAGGGAUUGUUUUAUCCAGAGAUUGUUUUAUCCAGGGAUUGUUGGGUCCAGGGAUUGUUGGAUCCAGGGAUUGUUGGAUCCAGGGCUUGUUGGAUCCAGGGAUUGUUGGAUCCAGGGAUUGUUGGAUCCAGGGAUUGUUGGAUCCAGGGAUUGUUUUAUCCAGGGGUUGUUGGAUCCAGGGAUUGUUUGAUCCAGGGAUUGUUGGACCCAGGGAUUGUUUUAUCCAGGGAUUGUUGGAUCCAGGGAUUGUUGGAUCCAGGGAUUGUUGGACCCAGGGAUUGUUGGAUCCAGGGAUUGUUUUAUCCAGGGAUUGUUGGACCCAGGGAUUGUUGGAUCCAGGGGUUGUUGGAUCCAGGGAUUGUUGGAUCCAGGGAUUGUUUUAUCCAGGGAUUGUUGGAUCCAGGGAUUGUUUGAUCCAGGGCUUGUUGGAUCCAGGGCUUGUUGGAUCCAGGGACUGUUGGAUCCAGGGACUGUUGGAUCCAGGGAUUGUUGGAUCCAGGGAUUGUUUUACCCAGGGACUGUUUGGUCCAGGGAUUGUUGGAUCCAGGGAUUGUUUUAUCCAGGGACUGUUGGAUCCAGGGAUUGUUUUAUCCAGGGUUUGUUUCAUCCAGGGAUUGUUGGAUCCAGGGAUUGUUGGAUCCAGGCACUGAGCAGAGCUGACAGGGAGCUGCUCCCAGCUGUAACAAUCUGUGCAUACUCUGGGUCACUCUUCCACUCCAGGAACUUGCAUGUUGUCCCCAGUUCCCGUGGGAUGCGGGAAUGUUUGGGGGAUUUGGGCAUUCCCGUUUUUUUUAACCAUGUGCUUUUCACUCCCAACACAUCGGCUGUGGGUUGUUUGUUCCCAUCAGGGGGAUUUUUUUAACUUUCCGGCGUGGUCAGUGUGUUUGGAAUAUUUAUGGAGUCACAGGAGUGGCAGCAAUUCCCUUCCUGCUGGAGGACAGAGGAGCAAAGGUCCAGGCAGAAGGGCCUUGUUAGCCAAAAUUAAUUAAAUCCAGGCUCCCCCUCCAGGCUGGGGGCGCUGAUUAGUUGGGUUUUAAUGUUUGUGUAGAGAUCAGAGCACCUAUUUUUUAGCAGAGGCUGGAAAAGGGAAGGAGCCUGACUGCCUUUGGGGUGGCUGGUUGGGUUUAGGUUGGGGUUUGAGUUGGUUUUUUUUUUAAAGAGAAAUAAAUCUGUAUCCUCUUCAAAGGCUCCCUUGGGUUUGUUUCU